AGAGGAGCCGAGUGGAGGGGCGAGCGAGGCUCCGGCAGCGCAGGGGAUCCCGGGGAGGCGGCGGCGCGCGGCGGAGCCAGUGGCCGGACAUGCCCCGGAUCCGGGGCCGCUGCAGCACCGCCGCCGCCCGGAGCCAGCCGGCCGGACGCCCGCACGCCUGGGUCCCCUGGCGCCGCGCCGCCCGGGGGCUGCGAUCUGGACCCUCGGCAGCCGACCAACAAUAAGCGCCUAGACAGCCCCCUCCCCGCCCCGCGCCCGCCGUCCCCGCGGGCCUCGGGGAAAGUGAAAGGAGGAGGCGAAGGAAGGAAGGAAGGAAGGAAGGGAGGAGGAGGAGCAGGAGCGGCAGCAGCCGGAGCCGGGAGGUUUGGGCCGAGACCCCAGCUGGGAGCCCCGGCACGGCGGUGCGCUAGCUCUCCUGCUGCUGCCGGCGCCCGGGACCAUGCUCCGUGGUUGGGAGGCAGGAACCCAGGCAACCAGCGCCUCCCGGAUACCUGCUCGCGGGCCGGGCUGGUAUUAAGAUCAAGGUAUCCAGGAUCAAAAAGACCACCGCCUGCUCGCCUUCUCCGUCUCUCCACCGUCCUGCUGGAGGAUCCCAGUCCACCCAACGACCCUGACCUGGUUAUGGCGUCCAGCUCCGGCCUGGCGUGAGGACCCCCGACCGGUGCGAGGGAGCCCCCAUCCCAGACCACACCCCUGAGCCUGAACCUGACACACAUUCCUCAGAGUCCCUGCUCCAGUACCGAGUACCUGGCUGGGCCCUGGGCACGCACAGGGGCCGUAGCCCCACUGUGUGUGGGAGCCAUGAGGAUCCUGGCUAACAAGACAAGGUUACCCCACCCCAGGAGGAGAGAGGCUCCAGGGAGUCCGCCGCUGUCCCCUCGAGGCCACUGCCCCCCUGCCCCAGCCAAGCCAAUGCACCCAGAAAAUAAAUUGACCAAUCAUGGCAAGACAGGGAAUGGAGGGGCCCAAUCCCAGCACCAGAAUGUGAACCAAGGACCUACCUGCAACCUGGGCUCCAAGGGCGUGGGGGCGGGGAGCCAUGGGGCCAAGGCCAACCAGAUCUCACCUAGCAACUCAAGUCUGAAGAACCCCCAGGCAGGAGUGUCUCCCUUCAGCUCACUCAAGGGCAAGGUGAAGCGUGAGCGGAGUGUGUCUGUGGACUCUGGAGAGCAGCGGGAGGCUGGAACUCCAUCCCUGGAUUCAGAGGCCAAAGAGGUGGCACCCAGGAGUAAACGGAGGUGUGUGCUGGAGCGGAAGCAGCCAUACAGUGGGGACGAAUGGUGCUCCGGACCAGACAGCGAGGAGGAUGACAAGCCCAUUGGGGCUGCCCACAAUUGUAAUGUAGCAGACCCAGCCAUGGUGGCCCCACAGUUGGGUCCUGGCCAAACUGCCCAACUGCCCCUCAGCGACAGCAGUGCACCAGGCCCCCAACAUGGCCCCCAGCCAGGCCUCCGGCCAGACGUCCCUGGGGGUGGGGGUGGGGGCGUCCCAGGAAAGCCUCCAUCACAGUUCGUCUAUGUCUUCACCACCCAUCUGGCCAACACGGCAGCAGAGGCAGUGCUGCAGGGCCGGGCAGAGUCCAUCCUCGCCUACCACCAGCAGAAUGUGCCCCGGGCCAAGCUGGAUCAGGCCCCUAAAGUGCCACCCACCCCAGAACCACUACCCCUGAAUACGCCAUCAGCAGGUACACCACAGUCCCAGCCACCUCCGUUGCCACCGCCACCCUCGGCCCCAGGCAGUGCCCCUCCUGCUCUGCCCCCGGAGGGGCCUCCUGAAGACACGGGUCAGGACCUGGCUCCCAGCUCAGUGGGAGCUGCCAGCACAGGUGGUGGGACUGGGGGUACCCACCCUAACACCCCAACGGCUGCCACUGCUAACAACCCUCUGCCUUCUGGAGGAGACCCUGGCAGUGCCCCUGGCUCCGCCCUAUUGGGGGAGGCCACGCCCACAGGAAAUGGGCAGAGGAACCUGGUGGGCUCUGAGGGCCUGUCCAAAGAACAGCUGGAGCACCGUGAGCGCUCCCUCCAGACACUGCGAGACAUUGAGAGGCUGCUUCUCCGCAGUGGGGAGACUGAGCCCUUCCUCAAGGGGCCCCCUGGAGGAGCUGGUGAGGGAGGCCCACCAGCACAAGCGCCCUCUGCUGCUCAGCAGCCUCCCUCCGCCCCUCCUGGGGGGAUGAAGAAGUAUGAGGAGCCUCUGCAGUCGAUGAUUUCACAGACACAGAGCCUAGGAGGCCCUCCACUGGAGCAUGAAGUGCCGGGGCACCCUCAGGGUGGAGACAUGGGGCAACAAAUGAACAUGAUGAUGCAGAGGCUGGGCCAGGACAGUCUGACGCCUGAGCAGGUGGCCUGGCGCAAACUGCAGGAAGAGUACUACGAGGAGAAGCGGAGGAAAGAGGAGCAGAUUGGAUUGCAUGGAGGUCGCCCUCUGCAGGACAUGGUGGGAAUGGGGGGCAUGAUGGGGAGGGGGCCUCCACCUCCUUACCACAGCAAACCUGGGGAUCAGUGGCCACCUGGAAUGGGUGCACAACUCCGAGGACCUAUGGAUGUCCAAGAUCCCAUGCAGCUCCGACCUGGACCUCCCUUUCCUGGCCCCCGUUUCCCAGGCAACCAGAUGCAAAGGGUGCCUGGAUUUGGAGGUAUGCAGAAUAUGCCAAUGGACGUACCCAUGAAUGCCAUGCAGAGACCUGUAAGGCCAGGCAUGGCCUGGAAUGAAGACCUGCCCCCUAUUGGGGGACCCAGCAAUUUUGCUCAGAAUGCCGUGCCCUAUCCAGGUGGGCAGGGUGAGGCAGAGAGAUUCAUGACCCCUCGUGUCCGGGAGGAGCUGCUGAGGCACCAGUUGCUGGAGAAGCGGUCAAUGGGCAUGCAGCGUCCCCUGGGCAUGGCAGGUAGUGGCAUGGGACAGAGCAUGGAAAUGGAACGGAUGAUACAGGCACAUCGACAGAUGGACCCUGCUAUGUUCCCGGGACAGAUGACUGGAGGAGAUGGUCUGGCCGGCACUCCCAUGGGCAUAGAGUUCGGUGGAGGCCGGGGCCUCCUGAGCCCUCCAAUGGGACAGUCUGGGCUGAGGGAGGUAGACCCGCCUAUGGGGCCAGGCAAUCUCAACAUGAACAUGAAUGUGAACAUGAACAUGAACAUGAACCUGAAUGUGCAGAUGACGCCACAGCAGCAGAUGCUGAUGUCACAGAAGAUGCGAGGCCCUGGAGACAUGAUGGGUCCUCAGGGCCUCAGUCCUGAAGAGAUGGCUCGGGUUCGGGCCCAGAACAGCAGUGGCAUGAUGGGGGGUCCGCAGAAGAUGAUCAUGCCUUCGCAGUUUCCCAACCAGGGCCAGCAGGGAUUCUCUGGGGGCCAGGGACCCUACCAAGCCAUGCCCCAGGACAUGGGCAACACUCCAGACAUGUUCAGCCCUGAUCAGAGUUCAGUGCCCAUGGGCACUGUGGGCACUGCCCGGCUCAGCCAUAUGCCUCUGCCCCCUGCCUCCAAUCCUCCUGGGUCUGUGCACUCAGCCCCCAACAGGGGGCUAGGCAGGCGGCCUUCAGAUCUCACCAUCAGUAUUAAUCAGAUGGGCUCACCAGGCAUGGGACAUCUGAAGUCACCCACCCUUAGCCAGGUGCACUCCCCACUGGUCACCUCACCCUCUGCCAACCUCAAGUCACCCCAGACUCCCUCACAGAUGGUACCCUUGCCUUCUGCCAACCCACCAGGACCUCUCAAGUCACCCCAGGUCCUCAGCUCUUCCCUUAGUGUGCGUUCACCCACUGGCUCACCCAGCAGGCUCAAGUCUCCCUCCAUGGCGGUGCCUUCUCCGGGCUGGGUUGCUUCUCCCAAGACAGCCAUGCCUAGUCCUGGGGUCUCCCAGAAUAAGCAGCCACCUCUCAACAUAAACUCUUCCUCUACCCUGGGCAACAUGGAACAGGGUGCUCUCCCACCUAGCGGCCCCCGGAACAGCUCCUCAGCUCCUCCCGCCAACCCUUCCAGUGGCCUCAUGAAUCCCAGCCUACCAUUCACAUCCUCCCCAGACCCCACACCUUCCCAGAACCCUCUGUCACUGAUGAUGUCUCAGAUGUCCAAGUAUGCCAUGCCCAGCUCUACCCCGCUAUACCACAACGCCAUCAAGACCAUCGCCACCUCAGACGACGAGCUGCUGCCUGACCGGCCCCUGCUACCCCCACCCCCACCACCACAGAGCUCUGGGCCAGGGAUCAGCAAUAACCAGCCCAACCAGAUGCACAUGAACCCUGCUGCUGCCCAGAGCCCCAUGGGCAUGAACUUACCAGGCCAGCAGCCCCUGUCCCAUGAGCCUCCCCCUACUAUGUUGCCCUCCCCCACCCCUCUCGGGUCCAACAUUCCACUGCACCCCAAUGCACAGGGGACUGGGGGCCCUUCUCAAAACUCGAUGAUGAUGGCCCCAGGAGGCCCAGACUCCCUAAACACCCCUUGUGGCCCUGUGCCCAGCUCCUCCCAGAUGAUGUCCUUUCCUCCUCGACUGCAGCAACCCCAUGGUGCCAUGGCCCCCACUGGGGCUGGGGGGCCUGGCCUGCAGCAGCACUACCCAUCAGGCAUGGCCCUGCCCCCCGAGGACCUGCCCACCCAGCCACCUGGUCCCAUACCCCCGCAGCAGCACCUAAUGGGCAAAGGCAUGGCCAGCCGCAUGGGCGACACAUACCCACCCGGGGUGCUCCCUGGGGUGGCAUCGGUACUGAAUGACCCAGAGCUGAGUGAGGUGAUCCGGCCCACCCCUACCGGCAUUCCUGAGUUCGACUUAUCCAGGAUCAUCCCCUCUGAGAAACCGAGCAGCACCCUCCAGUACUUCCCCAAGAGCGAGAGCCAGCCCCCCAAGGCCCAGCCCCCGAAUCUGCAUCUCAUGAACCUGCAGAACAUGAUGGCGGAACAGACUCCGUCUCGACCCCCCAACCUCCCAGGCCAACAGGGGGUCCAGCGGGGGCUCAGCAUGUCCAUGUGCCACCCUGGACAGAUGUCCUUGCUGGGCAGGACAGGUGUGCCCCCACAACAGGGCAUGGUGCCCCAUGGCCUGCACCAGGGGGUCAUGUCCCCUCCACAAGGCCUCAUGACCCAGCAGAAUUUUAUGCUGAUGAAGCAGCGGGGUGUGGGGGGCGAGGUCUACACCCAGCCUCCUCACAUGCUUUCCCCACAGGGCUCCCUCAUGGGCCCCCCACCCCAGCAGAACCUCAUGGUGUCCCACCCUCUGCGUCAGCGCAGUGUGUCUCUGGACAGCCAGAUGGGCUACCUCCCAACGCCGGGCAGCAUGGCCAAUCUACCCUUCUAGCAGGCCCCUCGGGCUGGGGCUGGGGAUACUGAAAAUAUGUUAACUUUAAAAAGUUUUGUUUUUUCUCCAGUGUUGGGGUGGAUGGCCUGGGUCCAGGGGUAGGGUGGAGGGGUGGGAAGGGGCUUGUGUGGGGAGUGGCGUGUGUAGAAACCUGAUGUGCUGGCGGCUUAGGGGGAAGGGGCAGGUGUUGGGUGAGGAGUUGGAAUUGGAGUUUGUACCAUUUCUGCCACCGGGACUGCUCCUCCCCUGCCCUCUCUUCCUAUGGAGCUUCUGUCUCCCUUUGUCUUUGCACUUCCUCGCUUUCAGCUAUGAUUUGGGGGGUCCUUAGGGAGAGAGGAGGGUCUUCCAUCCUCUGACCCGUUGUGGACUGUCACCUUGCGGGCGCUUCAGGUCCAUUUCUCUCUUCCCGGUCUCUCUGCUUUUACCCUGUUUUCCUUCUGCCUCAUUUCCUCUCCCUAUUGACGUGGCUGACCUCCUCUCCCACGCCCCCUGCAGGCAGCUGGCCAGGUGGGCAGGUGCCAGCGGAGCUGUAAAUAGAGCUGGGCUUUUGUGCCGGUUUGUGCGUGUGCCGUAUUUCUGUGUUUUGAUAGAAGUCACACACAAGAAAAAAAAGAUUGAGAAAAAAAAACCCUCCCCCCUCUUUCAAAUGAUCACACCCUCCAUUCCCUAGGACCCAGAGACAUACAGUCUUAUGCACCCUCCAUAUGCCCCACUUAUAAGAUGAGGUCAGAUCAUCUAGACUUCCAUUGGGUGAGCCCUGGAGGACUGAGAAUCUCCCCCUUCCCUCUACGAUGGCCGCCUGUCUGCUGCUGAGUGAUUUUCGGAGAGCAGGUGUGCACAUGUGCAUGUGUUUACCCACACCAGUGACAUAGGGCCCCCAGCCUGGGUGCCUCUGCUGCUACAUCUUAGCCAGAACUUGAAGCCCUUUGUCCCCAUUCUAGGAUAAAAGAGAGAAGGAAGGGGCAGUGUGUGGCCCCUUAGAAUGGAGCUAUGGAGGGGUUAGGAUGCUGGGACCCCGGCUGUAGUAGCCUUGGGCCAGGUAACCCCUCAGGGCAUGGACUCUUCUAGAAACCACCACUUGUUUCUCACCAAAGAAGGAAGGAACAGAGUUGGCCCUCCAGCCUCCACCUCUAGGGCGGAGUGAGGGAAGGCAGUGUGGGGGAGAACAUCUUGCUGCUGCCUCCCCUGCCUGCCUACUCUCUGGCAAGGUCCUUCUGUCCAGGGCUCAGGGCCAUGUACCAGAUCUGUCUAUGCCCACCAGGCACAGCCACUGCCUCCCCAAUGACUUCCCAGGAGAGCCCCUCACCCGCCGCCACUGGUCAGACCGAAGCCAUACAGGAAUGGGUGUUUUGUCUCCUUUGGCCCCAGGAGUAAACUACUUCUGCUUUUCUCACGUCCUUUCCUGCCUUGUAAGGUGGCGGGCAGCUCCCUGGCUAAGGCCUUUCCUGUCCUGCCUCGAGGGCCAAGGGCCAUUCUAGACAGGAUGUCUUUUACCAGGGCCCUGUCCCCAGCCUUUCUGACCUGCAGGGCCUGGUUUUGCCUUGGCAGCUGUAAUACAAAGGGAAUUUGUGCCCACUUCUCCCAGUCUGGUGCUGUCCACCAUCAGCCAGGUCAGGCACCAGGGCCCCUCCAGAGCUGGCUGCAGGUCCCUGGCUUCCCCCUGCCACGCUCCCCCCUCCCCCGACCAUAGCCAAGGUCUUUUGUGUUGAGAGGUGGGUGGAAACCUGUCCUUCCGGCCAGACACUGCCCUCCCUGCUUCCAUCUGGGCCUUGUGCCCACAUCCCCACCCUGCCCAAACUGUCUAGCCUGCCCUGCUCCAAGGAGAGGGCUCAGGCCACAAAGGGCCCAAUGCCCCCUUCUGGUGCCCUCGUCUCCCACCUCUACCACUAGCUUCCCAAGGUGAUCUCCACAGGCCAGCCUUCUCCCCUCCAUCCAUGGCCAUACCCCAGCCAUUUUGUACCAUUAUAUAAAUAUAUAUAUAAAAUAUAAAUAUAUAAAUACAAUAUGUGAAGACAUCUUCCUGGUUUUUAUUUUGAAACACUUUUUAGGCUUGUUCCGGGGGUCUCUGUGCUGCCUGUACUGUAUUGACCUGUUUUAUAGGUGCCUUUUUAUUAAAAAGACAAAAUUCAAAAAUGCCA